AAGUAAAAACGAACGCUCAGUUUUGUUGUCGCUGACAUUCAGUACGCGUUGUUAAAACUAAUUUAAUCUUUAAGUGAGAAAUAAAUAAAAAAAAAUUAGUUUCUCAACAAUUUUAAGUUUUUGCUGCAGUUCAAGCGACAGAUUGCAACCGCUUCGAUAUGGUACGCGUUGUGGAAGAUAGUUUUGGAAACGCCAUAAAUCCGCUUACCAAGCGGAACGAAACUAUACGCCGCUUCACAAUUUCCAAUGAAAUGCAAAUGUCAGUGCAGGUUAUAACGCGUGGCGCUACUAUCACUACUCUCAAAGUGCCGGAUGCAAGUGGCAAUGUGGAUGAUGUUGUGCUCGGUUACGAUGAUAUUGCAGGUUACCAAACUUCAACGAAUCCUUAUUUUGGCGCCACUGUUGGGCGCGUUUGUAAUCGCAUUGGCAAUGGACGCUUUAAGCUCGCCGGUCGGGAAAUUCAAGUCAGUCGGAACUUCAACAACAAACACCAACUGCACGGCGGCUUCAUUGGUUUUGACAAGGUGCACUGGGAAGUAAUUGGGGUACAUGCUGAUGGCGUUACGUUGCAACACUCCUCUCCAGACGGACACGAAGGAUAUCCGGGCCAAGUUACCGCAACGGUGCAUUUUACGCUGACCGAGGACAAUUGUCUGCAUGUGCGCAUGGAAGCGGAGACAACUAAAACGACGGCGGUCAAUAUGACAAAUCACACGUAUUUCAAUUUGGCUGGACAUGCUUCUGGCAGUACUGAAAUAUAUGCGCAUUCCAUUAAAAUUAAUGCAAACGAUAUCACCGAGACGGAUGCAGAUUCAAUACCCACCGGACAGCUAACCGCGGUGCAAGGUACUCCAUAUGAUUUGCGUGCAACUGGAAAUUUAGGUGAACGCCUGAAGAAACUGCUACCUGCAAGGGGUUAUGAUGAUAACUAUUGCGUGGAGUUGGUCAACAAUGGCAUAACAGUGAUCGGCAAAGCAUUUCACCCCGGCAGUGGUAGAUGGUUGGAAAUUGCAAGCAAUCAACCAGGCGUACAAUUUUACACUUCAAAUUUUAUGCCAGAUGUAACGGAGCCACCAAUUGAAGGAAAAUCUGGCGCCAAAUACCAUAAGCAUGGCGCUUUUUGUCUUGAGACACAAAAAUAUCCCGAUGCUGUCAAUCAUCCAAAUUUUCCAUCCAUCAUUUUAAAUCCUGGCGAAAAAUACAAUCACGAAGUGAUUUAUAAAUUUGGUGUGUGUCGUCAUUGCGAGGCCGAGCCAGAAUAGCCAGAAUAACCCGAAUAGCUCGAAUAGCCACAACAGGCGGACUUCCAGGGCGGAUCUGUGGUUUGCUGCGAAGAGUUUAUACAAAAAUUUAUAAAUAUAAUUUGAAUUUAUUUAGAUAACAA